UAUGUUGGUAUUUUACAGCACUGUCGCAUAAUUUUCAUGUACGCGUUUUUCAUACGUUUGUUGCCUAAAAAUUGAAUAAAAUGGAAAAUAUUCCGCGUACUCAUGAAGAUAUUGAGGCGCAAAUAUCGGAUAUACAGGCCAAGAAGACUGAGCUGGCUAAGAGCAAUGCAGCAGCCGCCGGUGUUGGUUUGCUGGACAGUGGUGGCUUCUUUGACACCGACUUGUACGACGAUGAGGCGGCUGUUGGAAAGGGGGCCAAAGGGCGCUAUGAGGGUUACAAUACGUCGAUAGCGGCCAAUGAUGAGGAUGGCGACGAGGAUGAGGAGGACGAUGGCUUCCCAGUGCCGCAGAAGCGCACCACAUACACGGCACCCACGUCCGUAUUGAAGGAUGUGACCCAGGGCAAGGAGGACGUUGACCCAAUGGCUGAGCACCGGCGACCGACCAUAGCAGAUCGCGAGGAUGAGUACAGACAAAAGCGGCGACGCAUCAUCAUUUCGCCCGAUCGUGCCGAUCCCUUUGCUGAUGGCGGUAAAACGCCCGAUGUGGGAUCUCGCACCUAUACAGACAUUAUGCGUGAGCAGAUGCUAAAGGGCGAGGAGUCUGAGCUGCGGCGUCGCAUCAUGGAGAAGUCUAAGGAAGGUACACUGGUUAAGUCCUCAAAUGGAGAGUCUGUAACAAAAGAAGGUGGACGCAAGCGAGGACGGUGGGAUCAGACGGUCAGUGACAGUUUCAUUCCCGCUAAAGUGGCAGCCACGCCCAGCAGCGCUGCAACGCCAACCUGGGAAGACAAAACACCCGGAGAUCAUCGGUGGGAUGAGACACCUGGCCACAAGGGCAGUGAGACGCCGGGUGCUACGCCUGGACUGGGCACACGUAUUUGGGAUGCCACACCGGCUCAUGCAAUGACACCUGGUCACGAAACGCCUGGCCAUGAGAAGUCGGCACGUAGAAAUCGUUGGGAUGAAACACCAAAGACGGAACGGGAAACGCCCGGGCACAGCGGCUGGGCAGAGACACCAAAACCGGAUCGCACUGGAAGCGGCGCCGGCGAGAGCAUCUCAAUCGAAUCCACUCCGGGGGCUUCUAAGCGACGGUCGCGUUGGGAUGAGACACCCUCGAAUGCCACGCCGGCAAUUACACCGAGCAAUGCUAGCGCAAUGACUCCGAGCAUGACGCCUCAUGCGACGCCUGGCCAUGCCACGCCCCUGAUGACACCCGGUGGCAGUACGCCCGUGGGCGUAAAGGCAAUGGCCAUGGCUACACCUACACCAGGAGCACUAGCUGCCAUGACACCGGAGCAGCUCCAAGCCUAUCGCUGGGAAAAGGAAAUUGAUGAACGCAACAGACCCUACACUGACGAGGAGCUGGAUCAAAUGUUUCCGCCAGGUUACAAGAUAUUGCCGCCGCCGGCAGGCUACGUGCCACUGCGAACACCGGGUCGCAAGCUUAUGGCCACACCCACGCCCAUAGCGGGCACACCAGCUGGCUUCUUCAUCCAAGUGGAGGACAAGAAUGCCAAGUUUAUGGACAACCAGCCGAAGGGCCAGAAUCUGCCGUUCAUGAAGCCCGAGGAUGCCCAAUAUUUUGACAAGUUGCUCGUGGAUGUCAACGAGGAUGCUCUGUCGCCCGAAGAGCUCAAGGAGCGCAAGAUUAUGAAGCUUCUGCUGACCAUUAAGAACGGUUCGCCGCCCAUGCGUAAAUCGGCUCUGCGCCAGAUGACGGACAAAGCGCGUGAAUUUGGCGCCGGUCCACUGUUCAAUCAAAUUCUGCCGCUGCUCAUGUCGCCCACCCUGGAGGAUCAGGAGCGGCAUCUGCUAGUGAAGGUCAUCGAUCGCGUGCUCUACAAACUGGAUGAUCUGGUGCGGCCGUUCGUGCAUAAGAUCUUAGUGGUCAUUGAACCGCUGCUAAUUGACGAGGAUUACUAUGCGCGCAUUGAGGGCAGAGAGAUCAUUUCGAAUCUAGCCAAGGCAGCCGGUUUGGCCACCAUGAUCUCCACAAUGCGACCGGAUAUUGAUAACAUUGAUGAGUACGUGAGAAAUACGACUGCGCGUGCCUUUGCCGUGGUCGCAUCCGCAUUGGGCAUACCCUCGCUGUUGCCCUUCUUGAAGGCCGUUUGCAAGUCCAAGAAGUCCUGGCAAGCUCGUCACACGGGCAUCAAGAUCGUCCAACAGAUUGCUAUACUUAUGGGCUGCGCCAUAUUGCCACAUCUGAAGGCGCUGGUGGAGAUUAUCGAGCACGGAUUAGUCGAUGAGCAGCAAAAGGUGCGCACAAUCACGGCUUUGGCCAUUGCAGCGCUGGCCGAAGCAGCCACGCCCUAUGGCAUUGAAUCCUUCGAUUCGGUGCUUAAACCCUUAUGGAAAGGUAUUCGGACGCAUCGUGGCAAGGGAUUAGCCGCCUUUCUCAAGGCCAUUGGUUAUCUUAUACCCCUAAUGGAUGCCGAAUAUGCCAACUACUACACCCGUGAGGUCAUGUUGAUUCUCAUACGUGAGUUCCAGUCGCCCGACGAGGAGAUGAAGAAGAUUGUGCUGAAGGUGGUAAAGCAAUGCUGUGCCACAGACGGUGUGGAGCCGCAGUACAUCAAAGAGGAGAUUCUACCGCACUUCUUCAAGUUCUUCUGGAAUCAUCGCAUGGCCCUGGACAGACGCAAUUAUCGCCAGCUCGUGGAUACUACCGUGGAAAUUGCCAACAAAGUGGGCACCUCCGAGAUCAUAAAUCGUGUUGUAGACGAUCUGAAGGAUGAGAAUGAACAGUAUCGCAAAAUGGUCAUGGAGACAGUGGAGAAGAUUAUGGGCAACCUUGGCGCGGCUGAUAUUGACUCCAGGCUGGAGGAGCAGUUGAUCGAUGGCAUACUCUAUGCCUUCCAGGAGCAGACCACAGAGGAUGUGGUCAUGUUGAAUGGCUUCGGUACUAUUGUUAAUCAGCUGGGUAAACGCGUCAAGCCGUAUUUGCCACAGAUUUGCGGUACGAUUCUCUGGCGUCUGAACAACAAAUCCGCCAAGGUGCGUCAACAGGCGGCGGAUCUCAUCUCCCGCAUUGCUGUGGUCAUGAAGACCUGUCAGGAGGAGAAGCUGAUGGGUCACUUGGGUGUGGUGCUCUACGAAUACUUGGGCGAGGAGUAUCCCGAAGUGUUGGGCAGCAUAUUGGGCGCCCUCAAGGCAAUUGUGAAUGUCAUUGGCAUGACCAAGAUGACACCACCCAUCAAGGAUCUGCUGCCCCGCCUCACUCCCAUUCUUAAGAACAGACACGAGAAGGUGCAGGAGAACUGUAUCGAUCUGGUCGGUCGCAUUGCCGAUCGUGGACCCGAGUAUGUUUCAGCCCGUGAAUGGAUGCGCAUCUGCUUUGAGCUGCUGGAGCUGCUUAAGGCACACAAGAAGGCGAUUCGACGCGCCACCGUAAACACCUUUGGUUACAUAGCCAAGGCGAUUGGCCCACACGAUGUGCUUGCCACUCUACUGAAUAACCUGAAGGUCCAAGAGCGUCAGAAUCGUGUCUGCACCACCGUCGCCAUUGCCAUUGUGGCCGAGACAUGUCGCCCGUUCACUGUGCUCCCGGCCCUGAUGAAUGAAUACCGUGUGCCGGAGCUGAAUGUGCAGAACGGUGUCCUGAAAUCAUUAUCCUUUCUGUUUGAGUACAUUGGCGAGAUGGGCAAGGACUAUAUCUAUGCAGUGUGCCCGCUGCUCGAGGAUGCGUUAAUGGAUCGCGAUCUGGUACAUCGCCAGACAGCCUGCUCGGCCAUCAAGCACAUGUCCCUGGGCGUCUAUGGCUUUGGUUGCGAGGAUGCGCUCACUCACUUGCUCAACUAUGUGUGGCCCAACAUAUUCGAGACAUCGCCGCAUCUGGUGCAGGCCUUCAUGGACGCGGUGGAUGGCCUGCGCGUCUCAUUAGGUUCAAUUAAGAUCUUGCAGUACACGUUACAGGGCCUGUUCCAUCCGGCGCGGAAGGUGCGCGAUGUUUACUGGAAGAUCUACAAUUCGCUGUACAUUGGCGGGCAAGAUGCGCUAAUUGCGGGCUAUCCUCGCAUCACUAACGAUCCGAAGAACCAGUAUGAACGCUAUGAGCUGGACUACACGCUCUAAGCAGCCCUACUCUACUCCUACCCCCUUCUCUAUAACCCUUAAUUUUACUGUAAUUUUGAUAAGAUGAAUACACAAAUAUAGCACGAAUGUACAAAACGAG